AUGACGGCCGCUAGCAGUACGACGGAGGUUGACACGGCACCGGGAGCUAUGGAGAAAGAUGUGAAGGAUGUCAAAGAUAUCGAGGAUGUCAAGGAUGUCGACUCAACACCAACUGGUCCCCAGGAGUACCCUCCUCUGCCCAAAGUCAUUGUCAUCAUUCUCGCCCUCUAUCUUGCCGUCUUCUUGGUUGCUCUGGACCAGACCAUCAUAGGCGUGGCCAUUCCACGCAUCACUGAUCAGUUCAAGAGUAUCACGGACAUUGCUUGGUAUGGCAGCGCAUACUUCCUGACCUCAACGGCGCUACAACCAUCAUAUGGUCGAAUCUAUAAGAUUUUCAGCGUAAAAUGGGCCUUUUUGGCCGCAGUCCUGAUCUUUGAGAUUGGUUCGCUCAUCUGUGCUGUCGCCCCUUCCAGCACGGUGUUGAUCGUUGGCCGAGCGAUUGCAGGAAUCGGUGUUGCAGGGAUCUUCUCCGGAGCACUGGUGAUUAUCUCGAUGACGGUCCCACUGCCAAAACGACCACUCGUCUUCGGUAUGUUUGGUAUGGUGUGGGGGAUUGCUUCAAUUGCAGGACCACUGCUUGGUGGAGUGUUCACCGACGGCAUCUCGUGGAGGUGGUGUUUCUACAUUAACCUGCCUAUCGGCGGUCUCUCGAUCGCGGUGAUCUUGUUUAUCCUUCGUCUACCAGGAACCAACGAGGAGCCCGGAAAGCAAAAGCCUAUCCUGGAGCGGAUUAGACAGUUGGAUCUUGUUGGUGCGAGCCUACUGAUCCCCGCGAUUAUCUGCCUUCUCCUAGCCCUCCAAUGGGGUGGCAACAAAUACCCUUGGAAUAACUCUCGAAUCAUCGGUCUAUUCGUGGGCUUUGGUCUGCUAGCGAUCAUCUUCGCCGUCUCCCAAAUUUACAUCGGGGAUAAAGCUACCCUACCGCCGAGUCUCUUAAGGCAGCGCUCUGUGCUAGCUUCGUGCCUGUUCGCCUUAUUCUUCGGCGGGGCUUUCUUCCUCCUCGUGUACUACGUACCUAUCUUUUUCCAGAGUGUUGAGGGCUCCUCGGCUAUGAAGUCCGGUAUCCAACUACUGCCUAUGAUGUUGGCUACGGUCGUCUCGUCUGUGGUCGUUGGCGGACUAAUCACUGCUGUCGGAUACUAUACCCCAUUCCUGAUCGUCAGCUCCGCUAUUGCAGCUAUCGGAACCGGUCUUAUAACCUUAUAUGAUAUCGACACCUCUACCGGAAAGUGGAUUGGCUAUCAGAUUGUGGUUGGCGCUGGUGUCGGUGCAGGCUUCCAGGUCCCCAUGACUGCAGUGCAGACCGUUCUUAAACCAGAAGAUAUCCCUGUGGGUACAGCGGCUGUCAUGUUUUUCCAGACGUUAGGCGGUGCUCUGUUUAUUGCCGUUGGCCAAUCCGUCUUCCAGAAUGGGUUGAUCAGUGGAGUCGUGAAGUACGCGCCUAAUGUGAGCCCUGCCGCUGUUAUCGGGGCUGGUGCCACUGAGAUGCGUCACGUGUUGACCCAACUGGGACAGCUUGAUCAGCUGGAUGGAGUCAUCAAGGCAUACAUGAGUGGCUUGCGGGAUGCUUAUCGUGUCAGUCUUGCUAUUGCAGUAGUGGCUUUCGUGGCCAGUCUGUUCCUGGAAUGGAAGAGUGUGAAAAAGGCUGGAGGGAACAAGGAUGAGGUGGCUGUCCCUGCCCUCUGA